UGUUACAGAGAGGGAGAGAAUAGGGAUUCCCACUGAACCAGAGUCUGCGGACAGCAAUGCCUAUCCUCCAGCAGUUGUCAUCUACAUGGUGGAUCCUUUCACCUACACUGCAGACGAAGAAUCUGCCUCAACCAACUUCUGGCUGUUAAGUUUGAUGCGAUGCUACACAGAAAUGUUGGAUAACUUGCCUGAGAAUAUGAGGAAUUCUUUCAUUCUCCAGAUUGUGCCUUGCCAGUACAUGCUGCAGACAAUGAAGGAUGAACAGGUUUUCUACAUUCAGCACUUGAAGUCGCUGGCAUUUUCGGUGUACUGCCAAUGCAGGAGGCCGUUGCCCACCCAGAUUCACAUCAAGUCUCUCACAGGCUUUGGGCCAGCUGCCAGCAUCGAGAUGACCCUCAAAAAUCCUGAGAGGCCCAGCCCAAUCCAGCUGUACUCGCCUCCUUUCAUACUGGCACCCAUCAAAGACAAACAGACAGAGCUGGGAGAAACAUUUGGAGAGGCCAGUCAGAAAUACAACGUGCUUUUUGUUGGAUAUUGUUUGUCUCACGAUCAGCGUUGGCUUCUGGCAUCCUGCACUGACCUUCAUGGUGAAUUGCUGGAAACCUGCAUAGUUAAUAUUGAUUUACCAAACAGGUCAAGGAGGAGCAAGUUGUCUGCACGUAAGAUCGGUCUGCAGAAGCUGUGGGAAUGGUGCAUUGGCAUUGUCCAGAUGACAUCGCUGCCUUGGAGAGUUGUGAUCGGGCGGCUCGGCCGCCUGGGCCACGGGGAGUUAAAAGACUGGAGUAUCCUCCUUGGGGAAUGUUCCCUGCAGACAAUCAGCAAACAGCUAAAGGAGGUGUGCCGCAUGUGUGGCAUCUCAUCAGCAGACUCCCCUUCUAUCCUCAGUGCCUGCUUAGUUGCCAUGGAGCCACAGGGGUCGUUUGUUGUGAUGCCAGAUGCUGUCACGAUGGGGUCAGUGUUUGGCCGGAGCACUGCGCUGAAUCUGCAGUCAUCGCAGCUGAAUACCCCUCAGGAUGCCUCCUGUACGCACAUCCUGGUUUUCCCAACCUCUGCUACGAUCCAGGUAGCACCAGCAAAUUACCCCAACGAGGAUGGAUUCAGCCCUACUAAUGAUGACAUGUUUGACCUCCCAUUCCCAGAUGACAUGGACAAUGACAUUAGGAUCUUAAUAACAGGGAAUCUUCACUCUUCACCAAAUUCCUCCCCAGUUCCUUCCCCUGGAUCGCCUUCUGGCAUUGGAGUGGGAUCUCACUUCCAGCAUAGCAGGAGCCAAGGGGAACGUCUCCUGUCCAGAGAAGCCCCUGAAGAACUGAAGCAGCAACCUCUUGCUCUUGGAUACUUCGUGUCGACUGCCAAAGCUGAGAAUCUCCCGCAGUGGUUCUGGUCGUCCUGUCCUCAGGCACAAAACCAGUGUCCCCUCUUCCUGAAGGCCUCUUUACAUCACCAUAUCUCUGUAGCGCAGACUGAUGAGCUUCUACCUGCCAGAAAUUCUCAGCGAGUUCCUCACCCCCUUGACUCUAAAACUACAUCAGAUGUCUUGAGGUUCGUUUUGGAGCAGUACAAUGCACUGUCCUGGCUUACGUGUAACCCUGCCACUCAGGAUCGCAGCUCCUGCCUUCCUGUCCACUUCGUGGUGCUCACUCAGUUGUACAAUGCCAUCAUGAAUAUACUUUAAUAGAUAGAAAAGCACUUGUUCUUCUGGCUUAUUCUCCCCUCGACUUGAGAAACGUGCCACAGUCUGCAAAGAUCGCAAUUCUGCUUCUCUUCAGACCAGUCCUGUGCUGUGCUUCUGUUCCUCCAAAAGCACAUGUGAAUUCUGCAGUGUUCAAAACUAAACUACCCAUUAACAUCUCUGGCAGCUUCAGUCCAAAAUCUGGGAACAUCCAAGAACAGUGAACACAGAGUAACCUCAAGCCAGUGUUAGUUUGGUGGCCCAGUAACUACUGGUCAGUGUGAUUAUUAUUUUUUUUUAAUAUUUUAUUUUUUUAAGGAAGACUACAGGAUCUUUUUGCUUUAGGAACUCUGGUAAACAACCAAGAGCAGUUUC